AUGUCUGUGCUGCCGAAUGAGCACUCUGGUGAGGAGACUUCCUCGCUAUUCUCCUCCCCUAAGACAGCAUCAACGAAUACCUCGUCAUUAAAUGCUAGCGAUUCUAGCUUACUGGAAGACAUUAGCUCCAAGAACAUGGCUCCAAAAGAUGGUAAAGCAAAUGGUAAGAAGAGGGGCCGUCAUUCGUCGGCUUUGGAGGCACUGCUGAACGAGGCCAAUCGCUACAAUUCUCAGUAUGAAUAUGCACUUCCAAGAGGCUUCCUAAGAGAUCGAAACCAGGAUAAGAAGCUACAUGAGGAGUCCCAAUUGGAACCACAAGGGGUUAGAAAGACUGCCACAAAACCAAAAAAGGUGAAGACGAAGUCACAGGCUUCAAAAACCGAGACCGGAAGCUCAACUGCGCCUUCUAGCAAAUUCAAAAGAGACCGGUCCAGGUCCUCAUCUAGAAGCCCUAUUGCGGAUAAUGAUGCUUUUCCGAUGAGCCAAUCUGAUGAGCUAGAUUCUCGUACGACAGAGGAUAAUGUGAAGCGUCAUGUUUCGCAUAGCAAAGAGGUCAAUUUUAUUGAUUGGAACCAGGUGCCUACCGAUUUGAAGUACGACAUCUUCGACAUUGCGAAUUUGAAAAUUGAUGAAGAUAUAAAGGACAUUCCAGUACCCUCGAUUAGUUUGACGAGUAAGCGGUACAAAGAUGACUCCAGCGUGUUGAAAGUGGCCCUGCGAUCGCCUCUCUAUCCCACGUACUGCGAAGAAUACCAUGUAGAUUUCUCCAAGGACAGUCGCAUUUACAAUCCAAUGAGCGAGAUUGGCAAGCUCAUUGAAUACUCAGCUUCAAUAUAUCUGCCGGUGCGAUAUGCCAACGAACUGAAAAGGAGUGUUAUACCACAAUUGAAUGCUGCGUUUGAUUCAUCAGAUGAUAUUCUGUUUGCUGCUAAAGUUAAUGAAUAUAAUAAGAUAAUCGAAAAGGUACCGCGAAGCGAAGUGAUAGAGCACUUGGCACAACUCAAGACUCUUCCUCCUUCGUUUAUCCACGAUCUUUUGCACAUCGUCUACACCAGAAGCAUACAUCCGAAUUACAAGAAAUUGAAAGAGUACGAGGCCUUCAGCAAUUACGUUUAUGGAGAGUUGCUACCUAAUUUCCUAUCAAAUGUAUAUUCACAAUGUUGUCUGAACUCUAAUUCGGUCUUCAUGGACUUGGGAUCCGGCGUCGGCAACUGCGUUGUGCAGGCUGCCCUAGAGUAUGGUUGUAAACUGAGCUUUGGAUGCGAAAUAAUGUCGAAUGCAAGUGCUCUCACGGAAUUACAAAACGAAGAACUCAUCAAAAGAUGCAAGUUAGCGGGUUUGAAGCUGUCGCCUCUCGAGUUCUCCCUGAGGAAGAGUUUUGUAAACAACGAUCGAGUCGAUGAGCUUAUACCCCAGAGCGAUGUCAUUCUAAUCAACAAUUUCCUGUUCGACAGUGACAUGAACAGGGAAGUGGAGAAAAUAAUACAAAACGUCAAAGUUGGUUGCAAGAUUAUCACACUCAAAAAUCUGAGGCCGUGCGGUUAUACCAUCAACUUCUUCAACCUCGAUAGCAUACUGAACAGGCUACGGGUCGAACGAUUUGAGCUGAAGGAGGGAAGCGUGUCGUGGACACACAACGGCGGCGAGUACUUCAUAUCGACAGUACUGCCCGACGUCGACGAUUCGCUAUUUGAUCCGGCCAUGAGAAAGAGGAACACGAAGAGACCAACGCAUUACACCCGUUGA